GACGCGCGCGUGCCCGGGCCGCGGCGCCAUGGGGGAGGCGCCGGCGGCGGAGCUGGACACCGUGCUCGGUGGCGGAGGCUGGGACGUGGCCGAGAGGUACGACUGCUGCCCGCGGCCCGCCGGCCCGGCGCGGCUGCGCAGGAACGCCUGCUACGUGGUCCUGGCGGUGCUCUUCAACGAGCGGGACGAGGUGCUGCUGGUGCAGGAGGCCAAGCCCGAGUGCCGGGGCAAGUGGUACCUGCCCGCCGGCAGGAUGGAGCCCGGCGAGACCAUCGCGGCGGCCGUGCGGAGGGAGGUGCGGGAGGAGACGGGACUGGAGUGCGAGCCGCUCACCCUGCUGGCGCUGGAGGAGCGAGGGCCGGCCUGGAUCCGCUUCGUCUUCCUCGCGCGUCCCACCGGCGGCACCCUGAAGACGCUGCAGGAUGCUGACGCCGAGUCGCUGCAGGCCGCGUGGUGGCCCGGCGAGCUGUCCGCUCUGCCCCUGCGAGCCCCCGACAUCCUGCCCUUGCUGGACCUGGCUGCCCGCUACCGCCGCAGCCCCUCGCACCCCGCCACGCUGCCCCAGGAGCUGCCCUGCGCCCUCAUCUGCUUGCGGCUCCUCGUGGCCUUCGCCAGCGACGCCGGCGACCUGUGGGUGCUGCUGAGCACGGCCGGGACCCCCCACCUGCCCGUGACGGCCUGCGGCACGGCCGCCUCCGAGCUCCGUGGCGGGCUGCGCGUCCCGGUGCUCCGGCUGCUCCGGGACUGCCUGCCGCUGGCCCCGCCGAGCCCCGCGCCCCUGGGGCUGCUGGGGCUGCAGCACCGCGCCGGCGGCGCCGGCGGUGCGGACGGCGUUUGCUUCAACGUGCUGCUGAGCCUCCCGGCCGGCAGCCCCGGCGCCGGCCCCCCGGAGCUGCAGGGCCCCGCUUUCUGCUGGUGGCGAGUGGAGGAGGAGGGCCUGAAGGGCAGGAUCGCGCAGCGGCUUCGCGCGGCGGCCGUGGUGCCCGUCUACAGCUAGCUCCCAGGUCAGCAGCUCCGAGGGCUUGGGGGGGAGCAUGAUGGCAGCGCUGGGACACGGGCUGCUCUCCACCCCCCUGCGCUCGCCAGGACGGGGACGAAGCUCGAUGGGGCUUUCCGAGCCACCUCUGAACUGGGGACAGCGGUUGCAGACGGGUGAGUGGAGGCAGCCUCCGAGGUGGAGCUGUGGGAGCCCCGGGAUGCACCGGGAUGGUUUGGGGUGCUGUGUCCUUGCCAGGGGGUGGGGGAGCACUGGGAGCAAACCAGAGGCGAAUAAAAAGGGCCAUUGCAUCAUCGCA